CUUCUCUGGUCAUUUCCACCAUGACGGAACCUGCGACUGUGCCAUCCAUUAGGCGUUUGGAUCAGACAGUAGUCAAUAGGAUAGCUGCCGGAGAGAUCAUUCACCGCCCAGCCAACGCUCUCAAAGAACUGAUUGAGAACUCAAUAGACGCAGGUUCGACUAAUAUUCAGAUCCUCAUCAAAGACGGAGGACUGAAGUUGUUGCAGAUACAAGAUAAUGGAUGCGGAAUACGGCGAGAGGACAUGGAAAUUGUUUGCGAGCGGUUUACUACCAGUAAACUGAAAUCUUUCAAUGACCUUGGUAGCAUUGCAACAUACGGGUUUAGAGGAGAAGCGCUUGCUAGUAUUUCACAUGUUGCACAUGUAACUAUCACCACAAAAACGGCCGACUCAAAGUGUGCUUUUCGAGCGUCCUACUCUGAUGGGAAACUAGUUCCGCAAAAGCCAGGGAUGAGUAAUGAACCCAAGCCUACUGCUGGAAACAAAGGCACUCAAAUUACGGCUGAAGAUCUUUUCUACAAUGUGCCUUCCAGAAGGAAAGCGUUGAAAAAUCCAAGCGACGAGUACAGUCGAAUACUUGAUGUUGUUACUCGGUACGCCAUACACAAUUCAGGCAUUAGUUUCUCGUGUAAAAAGCAAGGCGCCAAUAUGGCUGAUGUGAAUACGGCCACCAACAACUCUAUCAUCGACAAUAUACGACUUUUAUACGGAUCAGCAGUAGCGUCCGAGCUUAUAUCAGUGGAACGAGAUUUCGAAGAGCUAGAGUUCAAGAUGAAGGCGCAUGUUUCAAACGCCAACUAUCAUGUCAAGAAAUUGACGAUGCUCCUCUUCAUUAAUCAUCGUGCAGUAGAGAGUAGUAUGCUGAAGAAAAUGGUCGAGAACAUUUACAUUACUUUACUACCAAAAGGCACUCAUCCUUUUGUGUACCUCAGUUUGGAGAUCAACCCUCAGAACGUGGAUGUCAAUGUCCAUCCUACAAAGCGCGAGGUUCACUUUCUGAAUGAAGAUAGAUUGAUCGAGGCGAUAGCUGAUACGAUACAAGAAAAGCUUGCCGGUGCAAAUGAUUCAAGAGCUUUUUAUACUCAGACUUUACUUCCUGGAGCUGCUCAAGUUGAGGAGAUCAGUGCUCCCAAACCCACAGGAAAAGUGUCAGAAAGCAAAUUUGUCAGAACGGAUAGCAAGCUUCGAACACUUGACAACUUCCUUCACACACCCUCCACUAUAUCCAAGCCUACGCAAACUGCAGCGGAAGAGCGACCUGAAUCCGAGGCCACUGGUUCGCCUGAUGUUGUGAUGGUGGAUGCUGGACAGGAUGCCACUGAAAUCGUUGCAGAAGCACCAUCCGUCAAAUCAGGCUCGACGAGCACGCAUGUUUCUGCAGAUAGAGAAAGGGUUGAUGUGCGGUUGAACAGCCUUUUGGACCUGAGAAAGGAGGUUAAGAAGAAUGAACAUAAAGGAUUGUCCGAUAUCUUUGCUGACCAUACAUUUGUGGGUGUUGUGGAUGAUGCACUUGCUUUGAUACAGCAUCAAACCAAAUUGUACUUGGUUAAUUACUCAGUCAUAAGCGAAGAACUUUUCUACCAGCUGGUCCUACGAGAAUUUUCAAACUUCGGCUACAUCAAUAUGGCAAGCGCUAUACCCAUCAAAGAUUUCAUAAUGGUGGCUCUGGAUGAAGAAGAAGCACAAAACGGCUGGCCAGACAACAUGAAGCCUAAAGACGAGAUCGCUCAGUCAAUUACAAAUUUAUUGAUUGAUCGCGCGGAAAUGCUGCAUGAAUACUUUUCAAUAAGAGUGUCUGAAAAUGGUGAAUUGCUCAGCCUACCAAUGCUAAUCAAAAACUAUGUUCCGACCUUGGAUAAACUACCACUUUUCCUUCUUCGACUUGGCACCGAGGUGGAUUGGGAUGGAGAAAAGGAAUGUUUUGAAACAUUAGCAAAAGAGUUGGCUCUGUUCUAUUGUGCUGAACCGCCAUUGCGGGAACCUGUCGAAGAGAAUCAGACUGAUCCCCAAGGCGACCAAGAGAUGUCAGAGAGCACUACAUCGGAUUCGACCUAUGAAAAAGAUCACAAGGCAUAUUUGUGGCAAGUCGAGCAUCUCAUAUUUCCUGCACUCAAGUUCCAAUUUGCUGCCCCAAAAAGCUUGGCUGCGUCGUCUGGUCCCGGCAGUGGGCAUGUCGUUCAACUGGCUAACCUACCAGACUUGUACAAAAUAUUUGAACGUUGCUAGAAUAACAAUAUAUUACAUAUGAUCGUAUAUACGUGCUGUAGCGAAUGAGGAAAAUGUAUAAGUAAUGAAGUAGAUGA